AUGUGGCUGGCAUCAACAUUGCUGGCGACAUUUGUAAUUUUUGCCGCCGCCGCCGAACAAAGAAGAUGGACCACGGACGAAGGAAUCAAAAUCGAGAUCAUCAAGAAGGUUCCUGGUUAGUGACAGCCACUGUUAUGGGAAAAUAACUCCUGAAAACUGAGAAUAUGAAAUAAUUUUCCAAAAAAAAAUCCUCGAAGUUGCUACACUGAUAAAAUGGAAGAGAGAAGGAAGUUUCUUGCAGAUUUUAGAGACUAUCUUGCUUCUUUCCGUGAGAAAUAGUCUAUAAAAAUCCAUAAAAUUGAAAUCUGAGACCUAAAUCGAGAUAGAACGUUUUGAGAACAAGAAAUCAAAGAUUUUGAAAAAAAAAAUCAUUUUCAUAACACGCAACUUCUUAAUUUAAAGGUGUUUUUCAAUUAAAAAAGGAAAAUUGGCGCAAUUUGAAAAUUUGAAAUUUUCUGAACAUGUUCCCCCCGUGAAGAGGAAAGUUACCUUCUUCAAAAUUUAUUAUUUUUUUCUCAUUUGAGAUUCGAAAUGCAAGCUGAAAUCACAAGCUGGCGACACCCUGGAACAGUUCUACAAGCUCACCAACAAGGAUGGAAAAGUCGUCGGCAGCAAUUUCGGCCAGAAACCGUGAGUUUAGCCGUGGAGCGCAAGAGUUCUGGUUUUGGCGGCUGUUUUUUCCAGGCUUUUUUUUAAAAGAAGUAUGGGUUAUUUUCAAUGGUUCACAUGUUGAGAUAUUCAAAUUUAUCUCAGAAAAAUUUUUAUCAGGUAUUUUUUGAGAAAAGCUAUGAGGUAGAAGUUGAUUCAGAUCAGUGAAAAAAUUUUUUUCAAUUUUCAAGGAAUUUUUCCUUUUUUCUUACAUGUUCUACCUGAAAGUUGGUCCUCAUGUUUUCUGUUUUGUUGUGAAAUGGUAUAUUUGCAGUUUCUCGUUCGUCUUGGGCCGUGGGGAAGUGAUUCGAGGAAUGGACAUUGCCAUGGAAGGAAUGUGUGCUGGCGAACAGAGAAAGGUCAGCAAAAGUCGAAUUUUUCAAUGGGGGAAUAGUUCCACGGGCAAAGUCUAAAAGCAUCUGAAAAGAAGCUUUUGGAAAAAUUCCAAUGAAAAGGUAAGAAAAAGGAGCUCAAACACUGUUUUUGAAAUUUUUACCCUUAUAAGGUCUCUUGGUUUUUUCCCGUGUCUAGCAAAGGACUUGGAGUUUUUCAAGAAAGGUUAGAAAACUAUUUCGAAAAUUUGUUCAUUUCUAUCGACACGACUUUAAGUUCCGACUUGUAUGUGCUCUUUUUACACCAUUUUUAUUGAUUCUAAAGUGCCAUCGAGAGAGAAGAGAGCGCAGCCAGAAAGUUCAAGUCAACGGGAAUUAGUAAUUUUUAGGCAAAAUGACCUUGAUUUUUUUUUUAUCCUUGCAAAAGUAUUAUUUGGAAAUUCCAGGUCGUCAUCCCGCCCGAGGAAGGAUUUGGUGAUAAUGGCCGUGAUUCUGACAACAUCAAUGUGAGUUUAAAAAAGGAAUUUUUUUGAAUAAAACGAAAAAAAUCGGACCUUUAUCAAUUUUUGAUGAGAUAACAAUGAAAAACUAAAACUGAGUUCAAUUUCACUUAUGAAAACUUGGAAAAGGCUACUUUUUUGAUAAAUUUAUCCCUUUUCCAAAGAAUUUUCCGCUAGAAAUUUUCUCAAAGAGUUCUGAAAACUUCAAAAAAAAUUUUUUUUUCAUUUUUCAAUUUUUUUCCAAGGACCUUGUGGACAAUUUUAAAUUAUUAUUUCUGUUUUCUGAAAAUUUUUCAAAGAAAUGGACGAUUUCAGCAAGGCGAGACCCUGUACUACUUUGUCGAGCUGAAGAGUCUGUUCAGGCCGAAUCCCGGAGAGAAAUGGAUCACCGACGAAGGUGUUCAUAUCCAGGUAACUCUUAGAAAGCUGAAAGUAGAGAUUUUAGUAAGAAAGGUAUCGAAUGAAAUAAAAGAAACUGGGAUCACAUAUUCUUUGGUUUUUCUUUUUGAUCUUAACUCCUAGUAGCCGAUCCACGGUGGGUUUGAGCCAUUUAGAAAAGGGUCCUGACACGAAAAAAAAAAGAGAUAGUGCCUGAUUGGUGGAGAGCGCAGACAGGUCACGCCCCCUUAAAUUCCCAAGUUAGCUGUGAAUGGACUAUAGAUAUAAUAUCAUAGUAUUUACCCGGAAAACUCUAAAAAACACUUUAUUUUCUCUGUAAACUUCCUCAAGCCGGUUUUAAUAAUCGGUUAGUUAGUAUAGUUAGUAUAAUAAAGGUUUCUAACUUAGGUAAUUGGAAACGCAAAACGGACAUGCUCGUGGGCAAUUCUAGGGAUCACUUGAGAGUUCUGUCGCUACUAAAGGGGUCACUAGAAAUGUCCGGAAGCGUCCGAGGUGAAAAAAAAAACAAGAAAUAGCGAUAGUGGGAUUUUUUCUAAUGACCUCAUAUCCCUUUUUUAAAUUCAAAUCUAGAAGAGAAUGAGUCGAAAUUAGUAUUUUAUACAGUAGAAUCUUACUGGGACUUCUUCACACAUUCACUGCUUCAAACUCAAGCAAAAAGCCAAUUUCAGGUGACUCAUGCCAUCGAGGAGUCCGAAUGUAUCCGAGCCGAGCAUGACGACACCCUCCACCAGCAGUACAACCUCCACCUCGAGGACGGAACUUUCGUCGACUCCAGCUGGAGCCGAAACAGGCCGUUCAUCUUCAAACUCGGCCACAAGCAGGUCAGAAGCACAGCGAGCAAGAUUUCUUAAAGUACCUAGAGGUUGAAAGCCUUUUCUUUUCACUAGAAGCUUCCAUCAAUUCCUCUUUCUGAUUUAAUUGAGUUCCCACGGGUAGUGAGAAGUCUAGAAAUAGAAAAACUCAAAGCAAAAACGGUCAUUAUAAUUCAAAGAUAGGUUAGGUCAAACAAUAAUUUCAAAGAAAAACGUUGAAGAUUUUUUUAUUUUCUAAUAAUCGCUUGGAAAAAUAGACAGGAUUGCACAGUAUAUCACUGUCCUUAGGAAUUCCAGAGUGGUCCCUAUAGGGGUUAGGGGGAAUAACAUCCCUCAGAGUUGGAACCGCGAAGCCACGCCCACUUACUGCGAAAAAGGGACCGGAAAAGUGGUCCCUAUAGAGGUUUAGGGUCUCUCCCCAUAGGCCUUGAAGCGAAGUGGUCCCUAUAGGGGUCUUUCAAUUUUAUUCCAAAAACGAUUUUUUUUUUCGCAACGAAAGCAGUUCAGAAAUAUUAUCGACUAGCAUUUCCACUAAACUAAAGGGGCCACUAAAAUUUCCUAUGGGCCGAAAGACCCUAAAGGGAGAACUCUUGCAAGCUUUGGUGGCCCCUCCAGGGGUUGGUUAAGUGAUUAAUAGAGGGGACACUCUGAGGGCCCUUAAGGUGACCCCUAUAGGGACCACUCUGGAGAUCCUAAGUCGACUUAUUUCUCAUUUUAUUCAAAAAUAAUGUUUUUAAAGCAUGUCAAAAAUGUCAAAAACCUUCUUCAAGUCAUUAUUUCCAAUUUCUAAUCAAUUAUUUCAAAGGUGAUCCCUGGAAUGGACAUCGCCAUGGCCGGAAUGUGUGAGGGCGAACGUCGGAAAGUCGUCAUCCCUCCAGAACUUGGUAAAAUAUUAUUUUCUUUUCCAUAAUUAUUCUACAUACCUUAUUUUCAGCCUACGGAGAAGCCGGACGCCCGCCAAGGAUCCCAUCCAACGCCUGGCUUCACUUCGAACUCCAGUUGGAGAAAAUUGUCAAAGCCCAAAAAUCGGAGUUGUAG